AUGUUGAAUGAAAGCACGGCUCCCCAGCACGGAAUACCGCGGUCAGAGUACAUUUACGUGACACUCACGGCGAUCACGGCGGGGCUCUCCAUAUUUGGCGGCACGGCCAUAUGCAUCCUAUACUUGACCUUCAAGGACUUACGGUCGCCGGCGCGGCAGCUGCUGCUGUAUGUGGCGGCCUCAGACGCACUGCUUGCUCUUGGAAACCUGCUGGGGAUCAUCUGGUAUUUAUACAGCGACUACGCCGUCAUAAACAAGAGCGAGGGUUACUGUGACUUCCAAAGCGCCAUGACCAUCUACUUCAGUAUGACGUCAUUUUCCUGGACCGUGAUAAUGGGUGUGUCGUUGUUCGCUGCCGUCGUGCUUGGAAAGGCUCAGUUUACAGCCACGUAUAUGAAACUGUUUCACAUAGUGUCUUGGAUACCACCAGGUAUCAUCACGGUGGUGGCGUUGUGCCUGGGCGUGUUGGGGACGGACACGAGUCUGGAGACUGCGAGCUGGUGCUGGAUUGACCCCCGGUCGCCGCACGUGCUCCUCUGGCAGUUUGCGACUGGCAAGUUUCUAGAGAUCGCCGCCUACAUCGCCACUGUUGUCCUCUAUACUGCCAUUAAGGUCUUCCUUAGCAGACAGGCUAAGAAGAAGAUUCGGAUGGUGACACGACGACGGAUCCGGAAGGACGUAAUGGACGAGGCGAACCGGAAAUUGACGUUCGUUCCGCUCGUGUUUAUUGUGUGCCGGAUUUGGGGCACCCUGCGCUUCCUCAUCGGCAACUUUGGGCAUGAAAUUGUCAACAAGCCAUACGUGACGUGGAUAAACCCACUUCAGGGUAUUGGAGACAGCGCCCAGGGGAUCGCAAAUUUUGUCCUCUACUGCUACUCGACGGAAAGCAUUCGUCGCCGGAUGUUUCGACAUUUAAAAUGUUUUAACAAGGUCGGGCCGGAAACAGGUGUCAGUCUGGACAUAGGAUCUCGCACCAUCACCGCGGGGCCAUCGAAGACAGUCCACACAAAGGCGGCGUCUGUGACUCCGAUGCCUCCCGGACCUGAGAGCGCGCAGCACGGGCCCGCAACGCUCAUUUAUCCCUCGGAAAUGACUACGGAGACUGGCGAUGUGUGGAUAGGUCCGCCCGAGUCUCAAAACACGUACUCGUCGAACUUAGUGCGAGUGAAGUCCGUGUAA